GAUUACUCUUGCGGAAGCGCGUGAGCGAGCCCCGGGGAUGAUGAGACGACUACCCCAAUUCAUUAGGAGCCUCUUUGCUGUGCUGAUGAAGAUGUUGCUUGAUAUUGAGGAUGAGCCAGCUUGGCAUGGGGCUGAAACUGAGGAUGAGGAUGCUGGAGAGACGAGUAACUACAGUUUGGGACAAGAGUGUCUUGAUCGACUGUCUAUUGCCCUAGGAGGGAACACCAUUGCUCCAGUUGCCUCAGAAUUGCUUCCGCAGUAUUUAGCAGCACCAGAAUGGCAGAAACGUCAUGCGGCUCUAAUUACUCUUGCACAAAUUUCGGAAGGGUGUGCAAAGGUCAUGAUGAAGAACUUGGAGCAGAUUGUUUCUAUGGUAUUGAACUCAUUUAUAGAUCCACAUCCUCGUGUACGCUGGGCAGCUAUAAAUGCCAUUGGACAGUUGUCCACAGAUUUGGGUCCUGAUCUUCAAGUUCAUUAUCAGCAGCAAGUGCUGCCAGCUCUGGCCUCUGCUAUGGAUGAUUUCCAGAAUCCUCGCGUGCAGGCAAGUAGUUCCACAAUGCUGUGACUGCUGUCAUGUAUCGUACCACAUCAUUUACGUCUUCCUAGGAACUGGGAAAAAAAAAGGUUGAUAAAGCUAAUCUGAUAUAGCUUUGGAUAAAGCUUUUGCUAAUGCAGAGACACGUGUUUUUUUCUUUUUAUUUUUUUAAAAAUUUUGUAUGUAUUGUUAUUGUUGCUUCUGUGUAAUUAUUUUUUGUUAGCAUUACCAAUCCAUUCUUGCUACUGUUCUUGUUAAGAGUUGCAUUGAUGCUAUUUAUAUUUUUGGUUAGAUACCUUGAUCAUAACUUGAACUGUAUAU